CCCCGCCCCGGGGAUCGGGCUGCCCACUGCCGCGGGCUGCGGGUGCCGCUGCCUUCCCCCAGCCGGCCCGAGCCCGGGGCAGCGCGGCCGGAUCCCGCUCGCUGCUUCUCGCUGCCGGGAGCGAAGAGGCGCAGCAGGCUAAAGGCGGGAGCAGGGCGAGGCGGCGGUGUCUACGGCCACACCGCCCUCGAUACACCGUGUCUCGGAAGUUAAGCAGGGUCAAGCCUUGUUAGAAUGUGGAUGGGAGACCUUGUGGAAAUCCCGAGUGCUGUAGGCUUUUCUUCCAGGCUUUUUUCUCCCUGGUUUUUUUUUCUCCCGUUUUUCUUCCUCUUCCUCACCCCAUCAUGUGCUGCCUGGAGCUGCCCAGUCAUGGGCUCCUCACUGUGACUCGUUUUCCUCUGUGUAGGGAUCUGGGUUUCAGCCAGGCAGCAUUAGAGGGCACUCGUCUUGAUCCUGGGGCUGGGGUGUGGAGCUGGGGCAGGCCUGAGCAGGGGCUGGCUGCUGAAAGCUAUGGGAAUAAAAUAAGACAGUCCCCCCCGCCCUCUCCCUUCUCUGCUGAGAGUUGCUCUUGUGCUGUUUAUCCUGGAAUAGGUCGUGGUUUUCCCAGAGCUGUGGCACUCAGCCUCUUGGCCGUGCAGGGCUGAUUUAUGGCAGGGGGCGAAUGUUGCGGGCCAGAUUUGGUCCCUGACAGGUCUUGGUUGGCCCCUGUAUGCCUAGAUUGAGCCUUGGCACCUCACGGCACCCCCACCAGGACUCAUGUGCCAGGAUCAGGCCCUGCGCACCAAGAUUGAGCUGCCUUUGCCCAAUCCCUGCAUGCUAGGACUGGCCCCUGUGCUGAUCUUGCUCAGCUGCAUAUGCCCAGAUCACGUCUUAAUGUCCCAUUUUACCCCUGCCUGGCUCCACAUGCCAGGAUUGGGCCCUGGCACCCCACACUGCCUGUCUGGCCCCAUGCACAGGGAUCAGUCUCUGUGCCACUCCCAUACAGCCCCACGCACCAGGAUCAGGCCCCAUACCAUCCUGCACCAUUGAUCUAGUACAGGGCUGCACUCUCUAGCCCCCUUUGCCCACAGGUUUGGACAUUUGGCAACAAAGGAGUGGCAACUGCUCUCCCCCUGAGAGCUGGACAACGCAACAGCAAGGGCUCAAUCUGCCUAGCUGGCCAGGGGUUGAGCACCUCUGCCCUAGAGGAUUACAAGGGCUGUGGGUGGCAUUGUCAUAGAAACUCUGAAACCAAACUCAGCAGUUCUGCACCAUUCAGAGAGGAUGGUUCAAAGAGGAUCCUGAAUCAGAAUCACUUUAUUCAGAGUCCUGAAUGCAGGCCAGAGCCGCUCUCCCCCUCUCCUUUCUGUGAUAUUUAGCCUUUAUUCUGGGCCACGCUUCUCCUACGCCAUCUCUACUGAUCCUGGAUCCUUAAUGGUUUUGCUGGUUGUUUUUAACACUUUGGCAGGUUUGGGGUCCCAGGCCUCUGGUAACAAAGCAGCCUCUGUUAGUUGGAAGGCAUAGAACAGGCGUGGGCAAAAUACAGCCCAGGGGUGGGAUGCGGCCCGCCAGACCAUUCUAUCCAGCCCGUGGGGCCCCUAAAAAAUUUAGAAAAUUAAUAUUUAUCUGCCCCUGGCUGCCUAUCAUGCAGCCCUCAAUGGCUUGGCAAAACUCAGUAAGUGGCCUUCUGCCCAAAAUAAUUGUCCGCCCUUGGCAUAGAAUCAUAUAAAAUUAGAAAGAUGGGCUCUAUUCCAGUUACGAUGAUGGGCUGUAUACAUGGGGAAAUGUCCUUCAACUUGGGGACAAAGAAGGACAGCUAUCUGCUGAGGUCACUGUUCAGCGCAACAAACAUGUUACCCCUUUCCUCAACGUUAUUUGUGAGAGGUAUGGAUUUGUUGCCCCAUUUCAGGAGAGGCAAUCUGGUGAAGAUGCCAUCGGAAGACUCUGUGCCUAGCACAAGACCUAGGGAGCUGGAGUGAGGAAAGAGCCUGCAGCCUUGGUGCUUUGCAUCUCUGGCCUGGGCUUUGCUGCUGGAGGAGAAAGGAUGCGAGUUUGAGGCUGUGGGAGUCCUGUGUUUGUUGGGCCUAGGGGCCAACUCUGUGUCUGGUGAGUGUCUUUUCCCCCACCAGCCGGACCUGGUCUGGGCCCAUGAGCAGGGUCAGCCUCAGCCCUAGCUGCCUGCUUUCCAUCCUACCCAGGCUGGGACAGCUGGAGGCCCCAGAAGGGGGAAAGUUGGGAGUUUUGAGAGACGCAGCAGCUGGGCUGAGGCCAGGUGGAGAUGGGCAAGUAGAGCCCGGUGUAUCCUCCUAGCCUGCGGUGCAUGGGCCUUGCAGCGGGAGGAGCCUGGAGCAGUGUUGGGAGUGUGGGUCAGGAGUAUCUACUAAAUAGGGUGCCUGUGAGCCUGGUUUGGGGGAGGCAGGGGCAGAAGUGCUGCUGGAAGGGCUAGUAGUGUGGAGUGGGAGGCAAAGCAGGCAGAGGGGCUGAAAAGGUGAGCAGGGGAAUGGGGUAGUGUCUACAACCUGAACCUAUCUGCUCUUAGAAGUUAAGCAGGGUUUGGCCUGGUUAGUACUUGGCUGGGAGACUGCGUGGGAAUCCCAGGUGCUGUAGCCUUUUCUUCCUGUUUGGUUUUUUUUUUUACCUUUCUUGCCCCAUCCUGAGCUUUCUGGGGCUGCCCAGCCACAGGCUCCUUGCUUUGACUCAUCUGUCUUGGGGGCCUUGUUACAUACAAAGGUGAAGAUGGCUCUUGGAGCUCUGAAUCCCUGGACUGUCUGCACUUUAAUGCCUCAAACUAAUUUAACCCUGCAUUAAUGCUGUGCAUCAAAUUGGCCUGUCUUUUCUUGAAUACAUGAUUUGAUGCAGCGUUAACCUGGGUCUGUGGAGCAGUGGUUAGUCCCCUCUGCUUUUAAAGGGGGCUAUUGGGUAUGCAUCAUUUAAAUCUGGGGGGCAACUUAUUCAAGAAAAGACAGGCCUAUUGAAUGCACAGGGUUAACCUAGGCUUAAUGCCCAUGGAGCAACGGUUAGCUCCCCUGUUAUUACCAGAGGCUAUUGGGUAUGCAUCAACUAAAAUUGGGGACAGCAUAUUCAAGCAAAGACAAGACUCUGUGGUGUUGUCACCCUCUUCUUAGCCUGAGGACCAUGCUUCCUUUGUGCCUUUGAACCAAGCACUUGGCAUUCUCAGUCAACUCUUUAAUGUAGUAGAUGUGUUCCAAAAGGCUUAACACAAUACAUAGCUUGGUACUUCUAUGAAAGUUAUUCUUUGAUUAAAAUGGAAUGUAGCCUAUAAAAUAGUUUUGAUCUUGAAACAGAUUUACUUUAAAUGAUCAGUUUGGGGGAAAAACCAAACAAACCUCUGGUUCUGCUUUUUUUAAAAUACAAAGUUUUGCUUUCUCCUUAGGAAAGAGACAGAAUGUCACUGUAACUAAUUCCAGAGAGCCUGUUUGCUGUGAUGUGGAACACAGACCAGAGCCACUUGUUCUCUGUGUUCUUUAGUUCCCCAACUAACUAAACACAGGUUGGAAAAGAACCUCUGUGAAUCCUGGCUUAGACUUCAGAAGAUGUGGCAGGUUUCUGUCACCACACUAAAUUCAUGCAAAACUGCCAUGAGUGAGUGAAUGGACUAUCACACUGGUAAAUAUGGACCUGAGCUAAGACACUUUCACAAUUGCUUUAUGAGGCUGCUUUAUAGUUUUGUAUGUUUUUUGUUGACAUGCUUUCAUUUGCUGUUUUUGCUCCAGAGAAAUAUGAAUUGAAUUGUGGGAAGUGUUUUGCAAGCAACGUAGUAGCAGGCCUAGUUGAACGAGAAGUACCUUCAUAACAUUAUUAUCAACUGGAGACUCAUAAAGAAAAGGAAAGAGCUGAGACGUCGGUGUAUAGAGAUGAUCUCCUUCAAGCAAUUGCCUCUUGAAGCAAAGGCUGCAGUAGCUGCUGGAGUUGUCUUCUUCUCCAUGAUGAUAUCACGGACCUACCUGGUGGAGCGACUUGAACUCAGGACAUGGAGGUGGCUGCUCAGGUUACAGAUGAUGCUGUUUGCUAAUGUGCUUAUGAUGAUAGGGUCUCUCCACAUCUGGAGAAGCACAGUGGCCAUAUUCUAUUGGUCUUCAGCUGCCAACUCCUUUUGUUUCAGGCCAUGGAAAAUAAUUGUGCUAACCUUUCUAGUAUUGGCACACUCAAGCUUUUUUACAUUGUUGUUUCUAGUGGCAGAAGAGCCGUACAUCUUUUCAUUAGCUGCUUACACAUGUCUAGGAGCCUAUAUCAUCCUUAUAUUCUUCCUCUUCACUCUAGGUUCUGUAGAGCAAGCUUAUAAAUUCUUGGCUGGGAGGGGUGUGAAGACAAUCGGUGUCAGUAAGAGCAGUAAGUUGGCAAUGAAGCCAGUUUUGGCUGUUAUGGCGACAGUUGCCCUGACCACUGUUGGGUUGUUAAAUGCUUCCCAACCUCCUGCAAUAAACUUGGUGGAAAUUCCAGUUCACAAACUUCCCUCAUCAAUGGACAGCUUGAAGGUGGUAUUGUUAUCAGAUAUCCAUCUGGGACCCACCGUAGGGAAGACUAAACUUGCAAUGAUUGUGAAGAUGGUCAAGGCUUUAAAACCAGAUAUCACUGUGAUUGUGGGUGAUCUAACAGAUUCUGAAGUGACAGCCAUCCGACCUGCUGUUGAACCUCUUGGCGAGCUCAGUUCACCAUUGGGAACUUACUUCGUCACGGGCAAUCACGAGUAUUAUACUUCUGAUGUAAGCAACUGGUUUGAAUUGCUGAAGUCAUUUAAUAUUCGUCCACUGCACAAUGAGAAUGUGAAGAUCAGGUCACCAAGCAAAAGUGAUGAUUGGUUCUGUCUGGCGGGGGUUGACGAUAUUGAGGCUGAUGUAUUGCACUAUUCUGGGCACGGCAUGGAUUUAAAGAAAGCCCUAAGUGACUGUAGUGCUGAUCGUGCAAUAGUACUUCUGGCUCAUCAGCCAAUUGCCGCAAAAUGGGCUCUCCAAGAUCGGCCAGACAUAAACUUGGUGCUCUCUGGACAUACUCAUGGUGGUCAGAUGUUUCCUCUGAAUGCUGGGGCGUAUUUGAUGAAUCCCUUCUUUGUUGGCUUGUACAAAGUUGGGCAAAGCACCUUUGUAUAUGUCAGCCCAGGGACUAUAUACUUUGGAGUGCCAAUGAGGCUGGGCAGCAGAGCUGAAAUAACAGAGAUCAUCCUGCGUUCUUCCUGAACAGCCCAUCAAUUUCAAGAUUUUGUAAUUUCUAUCAUGAAUGCAAUUAGUUGUCCUAGUGGUCUGUGACCCGUGUCCAUGCUCAGCAUGUGCCCAAGAAGUUAAUGGAUUGUAAAGUCUAGAUAUGGGUGGACUUGGUAUCAUCAGACUUAUGGGAAUGAGCUAGGAGAAUGCACUGCUACUUCCGUUACAGAUUAGGCCUAUCACAUAUAUUCUGAAGAAGUCAAUUACAGCUCCUCUUUCUGUUGGGAUGCAACAUUUAAAGUAUAAAUCUAAACAUUGAUGUCAUGGUGAUAAGUGUUUCUCUGUGCAUGCUUAAUAUAUGUAACUUGCUCUAACUCAUGUUCCAUUGUUUUCUCAUUUGCUGGUAUCUGACAGAGUGUCAUCUAGGUCAUGAUGAAGUAUAGUUCUGUCAUCUGGGAAAUGUGAUGAUGUUGUGCACGCAGAUUUUGCAGAGUGUUCUACAAAGUCUCCAUUCGGGUGUAGAGAAUCUUGUAAAAUGUCAGUAAUGGGUGUGUGGGUUGUCAACUGCUCUUACAGAAGUGAAAAUAAUGUCUGUUUAAAUUAUUUUGCUGUAUAUUUUGGGGUCCCAAGUCUUUCCUGGGGUUUCUCAUACAACUGUAAUGCUAAACGAAGUAGAUGCCCAUGUGUUCACUCGUAAAAUCUAUAAUGAUGGGAUUAGAUUGUAAUAGGGAAAGGUGGUAAUAGCUGCCUUUUUAACUUUACCAGAAUUUAACCAGACUUCCAACAGAUACCUGAUAAUGACAUAUGAAAAUGACACCAUUAACUUAAAAAUCCUUUUUCUGUUUGAGCAUUUGAUAACUUAUUGGUAAGUAAUGCCUGAAAUCUGGAAGUGAACAAGAAUAGGGAAAAAUUGUGUUUGUUUGUUCAGGUUUUUGUUUCUUUUUUCUGGUUGAGUAGGCUUUCCCUUGGCAAUGGGGAAGGAGACAAUUUAAAAGUAAGGCAAAUGUGACUCAGAGUUAACAUCAAUACUUGAAACUUUGGAUGCACUUUAAUGUUAUCUAGAUUUCAAAUUGAUAGUGUCUGUAAAGCAUAGCUAGACUAACUAUCAGCCAGCUUCCCUUUGGGGAGGUUGGUUUUGUAUUUUCCUGAUAACCUGAUUGUCAGCUCUUAUUUUGUUAUGUGGGGAAAUCCUUCCAGCCAUCUCUACCCCCACUUAAAUGGGUGUUUUCUAGCACCUGAUUGUGUAUUUGAAUUUGCUGUCUUUUUAGCACUAUGUAAUAUGGAUAGCAUUAGUGAUUUGCUUGCUUCUUAAUUUUAGUUCUAAAAAUAUUGGUCAAUUUUUUUUUUUUGCUUCCCCAGCAUACUGCUGCUGAUGUAUGAGGUUCACAAAAUGAGUUGGAACUGAUUUGUGUAUAUUGUCCAAGUUGACUGAAGUGUACUUGUAAAUUUAUACAGUUUGCAUUGCUUUGCUCUCAGUGUUACAAUUUUGAGGGGGAAAGGUGAAAAAGUCUAACCACAUUCUUUCAGCUCUUCCUCUGGCACAGAAUUUGCAAAUGAAAUCUAGCUCUUUCUCUGUGUUCCUGUCCAUCAAAACCAAAGUUCCUUCUCUUAGCUGGUGAACUGACUAUGGGCAAACUGGUGUCUUGGACAAGGAGCCUUUCAGGAAGGUGGGCAACCUUUCAGGAAUUCCAAACCAGCUGCCUGGGAGUCACCUGUCUCAAGCCACUGAUUCCCCUACUUAACUUUGCCACUGAGUGCUGCUGACUUCCCCCCCCCCCGGCAGCUGAUGGCAAUGGGUGACAGUGAAUUUGAUGGUGAGGGUAAGCGGAAGCUGCAGUAGUGGGGAGAGAGAGCAGCCCUCACCACAGGGAGGGCUGAGGCACCAGCAGGUGGCUUGGGUGCUGCAGAGGGGAUCACUGGCACAUGGCAGAGGAAGGCACAGUGCAGGGAGGAGCAGAUGCUCUUGCUGCUGCCUGUCCUGAUUUUUUUUCCCCACCUCUCUGCCCACCCCUGAAGUGCUGCUGUAGCUCAAAUCUGGCUUGUGGGCCAUUGGUUGCUGACCCCUGUCUUAGACCAACACAGGGACCCAAAAGUCUUAGGUUUUGGUGUUCUGUUCAUACUUUCCCUGAUUUGCUGGUCAAAUCAUGUAACUUUUUUGUACCUCUGUCUAGUUGAUUUGGCCACAUUUGCUGUGGGAUCUGAGUGUCACAAUAAGUCUGCUCAGGAAAGGCAGUAUUAACAAAUGAGGAAAGAGGCAUGUGAUACUUUUGAUAGAGCAGGGAAAACCACCCCCUUGUCUGGAUCAUGCCCGUUGCUAAUGCUUUAAGCUCCACCUUCACAGAGUGCUUUAUGUUUUUGAGCACCUUUCACUUAAGGAAAUGCCUUGGGAUCCCUCGUUUCCCCUACAUGACUUGCUAUGUUUUGUACACAUUUUCCUCUGACUUUUUUCCAUAAAUAAAUAGAGUUGAUGCUACCUGGCCCCAGCUCCUACAAGCAUUCGGCCUGCAUUGUCUGUGAAAGACGUGAGUUGAAGUUUGUCUUCUGCUGAGUAGUGCAAAGCAUUCCCUCUAAACCAGCGAGCCCAGGAGGAUUCUUUGAUGAUUAAAUUGAGGGUUAUUACUGUGUGUGAUGCAUGCUAAUUAUCUAGCUAGUUACCUCCCUGGGGAGGCUUGUACUAUGGGGAACCUGUUGUGUAUGUGUGUGUGUGUAUGUUUGUGUCCAUCUCAGAAUUCCUGUCAUAUCCUUUCCAAGAAAGCACAAAUAUUCACAAAAAUCAGUACAAAGAAAUGGUUCCUACCACGAAUGCAUGGGUGACUUAAAUUGCUUUACAUUAAAUAUGUAUGUGUGCAUUUGAAUGCCUUUUGCAUCAAUGGAAUCCCCUUUUUCCUAAUAGUUUAUUGCCUUGUGUACUAAAUCCAUUUCUGUCUUGAUUAUCUUUAGUGGUGAAUGGGUUUAUUAUUUUGGUUGAGAAUUUAGCCCGAGGGUUAGUUUAUUUGUUUACUACUAGAUGAUUUUAUUGAAAAGGCAACAUUGCCUACUUAUGUCACAGAGAGAUACCCAAAUCAUAGAUUGACUGAAAUAGUUUAUAUUAUAAAACAACCUGUAUUAGGAAGUAUUUAUUUCUGUAUAAUCAGUGCACUGAUACCUGAUGAUAGUGUUCUGUCCAACUUAAUAAAAUAUUGGUCACUGAUCAAGAAAAAGUC